UCCAAACAUAGAUACUAGUUGUGACUUCAUCAGUUGAAGUAUAUUGUUCUAUAAGCAGGUGCGUGGAAUAAAACAGCAAUAGACUGUCUGGCUACAGAUUCCAGAUGUGCCAUAUUUAAUAUUCACGAAUAAUGAAGGCUCCGGUCGCUACAGACAUCGAUUUAUUUGAAGAGGAACAUUGAUACAUUGAGUAGUUUAUCAAGGAACAAGUUUGUAGCCUUCAUCUCAUCUCACUUAUAAAUAGAAACUUAUAAUAAAUAAAAGAGUGUAAGCAAUUACAUUAACAACAUCCUAAUCUCUGUGAGUGCUAGUUAAUCUUUCGGCGUGACAAUUGCAACACUUUCCAGUUGUCACAUCAGUUCAGUCCUGGUUCAAAGUUUUCAUAAAGAGGAUUAAUCGUGUGGUGCCAGCAAGCCUAACCUCCAGUUUCUCAUUCAGUCGAACAUACAAUCAGUCAGGGUGGUAGUCCAGAAUGUAAAGGUCAUAACAAUAAGACGAUCCAGAAAGAUUAAUAUAUUUCACUCUUUUUUAAUUAGAAGAGCAUUACUAUUAAUCACCAGAUGUAUUAAUGUCACGAAAGCAAAGUUUUCCAGUAAUACAAUAGAACCGUGGAAACCGCAGCCAAUGUACGUCAGAUACUAACAUUAUAUGAUUCUAUGAAUAACUUCAGCUUAUUUUUGUAUCUUAGAUCUCCAGUUCUGGUGCCCUUAGAUUCAGGGACUACAGACAGGAAUAAAAUCCCACAGGUGCAUGUUUAAAACAGUAUACAAGUUUAUGGAUCACGUGGUGAAUGAAUAUCUUAACUUCUAAGUCUUUAAGUUCAUUAAUAAUAUCAAUCCAGCAUAGCUCAAUCCGGUUAUACAAUGUAUUUUUGGACUUUGUGAUGCAAGGUGAUUGACGCAAAUACAAUCAUUUUCUUCUGACGUCAGAAGACAGUGUGGAAUUAAAAAAGGCAUUAACUGAGCGGACAUUGUGAAUUUUCUAUUCGAUUAUAGAUUGUUUAACGGACAGCUGUGACAUCAAACAUAAGUAAUAUAUUUACAAUUAAAACUACUGAUGAAAGUCAUCCGAUAGAGACAACAGCGCGUAAAAACAUUUUUGUCAUUCCAUUGUAUAGUUUGAACACCGACCGAGAACAACCAACGUUUGAAAGUUGCAGCGAACCACCAUGUCAUACGGGGAUAGCUAUGACUAUUCUGCACUGGAUUAUCCUUAUAAUGUCUCCGAUUACUACCUGGUCUCUACUAAUGGAACCGACCAUCUUUACGGCUUGGCACAUGUUGUCAACUUAUACCUCAUACCCAUCAUCGCAAAUCUAGGAAUUGUGGGCAAUUUGUGUGCUUUCCUUGUCUUUCUAUUUUCGCCAUUUCGCUAUUUUCCAUGCAGCAUGUAUCUCGCUGCUUUAGUCAUAUCAGAUACUGGUUUCUUAGCAGCCUUGCUUCUCAGUUGGAUGAUCAGCUUGAAACCGGAAAUUACGCAAACUCCUGGAUGCUGCCAUAUUAUGGUUUACGUGACAUACGUCUGCAGCUUUCUGUCAGCUUGGUACGUCGUCCUCAUGAUGUUAGAGCGGUAUAUAGUGGUUUGUUAUCCGUUGCGGGCACCGAGAAUAUGGACUAAACUGAAAGCACGAAUCGCCUUGUGUUCUAUAACUUUCAUCGCCAUUGUUAUGUACUUACAUAGCUUCGUAACUACUGGUUCCAUAGAAACGCCAUAUGGUCAUAUUUGUACUUCUUUACCAUCGCAUUUGCGCUUCGUCGCCAUUUUUACUUACGUAGAUUCCGUCAUAACUUUUGUUGUGCCUUUUAUAGCCAUUUUGUUUUUUAAUCUACGCAUCAUCUACACCAUCCAUAACUUUAGACGGAAACAUCAUCUGAUCCAAUCAACAUAUAAUUCCAAUCGCCAUCAAGUUAUUGGCGUUUUGUCUCAAGCUCAAAUCCGGUCUACGAAGAUGAUAGUUCUAGUGUCUAGUGUAUUUCUAUUGCUCUACUUACCGAGCUACGCCAUGCGUAUUUAUAUUCUUAUUAAAAUACUCGUGCAGGAUGACCAACCUUUCAGUGAUGUUUAUCAUAGGCCAACUCACAUUGCGCAACUGACCUGUCAAUUUUUGUACUACAUUAACUUUGCCAUAGAUUUUCUAGUGUACAGUCUCUCAAGCAGAAAUUUCAGACGAAAUGUUACACGAUUGGUGCGAAAUGUGUUUAAAAGGCAAAGUAUGUGAAAUCUAUUCGGACUUUGGGAUUGGUCUAGAUUAAGACCCAGUAACAUAAAAACAGAGUUUGAUUGACGUUUUAUACAGCUAAAUUAUAUGCAUAGAGAGUGCUGGAAUGUUAUUCAAAAUAGUACUGCCUAAGCCAUUUUAUAAGACAGAAG